UUAGGGGCAUAAGCGUAAUAAGCCGAUGCGCGUCAUCGGGCCGAGCCUGACGCCUCUGGGAAGAUAACUAUUGUCAGUGACAGCUGGAUCAUUGCUCACUACACAAAGCUAGCCCAGAUGAAAGCAGCAGCAGCAGCAGCAGCAGCAGGUAGCAUAUCUGCAGUGUAAAGGGGGAGACUUGACCUGAGAUCAGAUGAGAUGAGAUGAGAUGAUCUUUUCUCUGUGCUUAAUUUAUCCCCCCCUUUGGUUUGCUCUUCUGUCCUUCCCUCUCAAAGUAAGCAGCAUCAGAUGCAAGGGGUGACACCAAAGGCUGGCACACAUUCUCUUCUCUCCCCUUUUUUUUUCCUCUCUGCUUUCUUUCUUCUAGCUUCCUUCUCCAACAUUCCAAAUGGUGAUGCUCUGAUGACCUCCUGGCUAGCUUCUACACACACUCCAAGAAUCCUCUCCAGUGAUGUAGUAUAUAAACCUCAUGAGGGGCUAAUCCCUUGUUUGCAUCAGGGGAUCCAUCUGAAUAAUUGAUACUGGCUAUUAAGUCAGUGAUUAUUUCUGUACUGUGCUAUUACUGAUCGAUGCAAAUGCCCUUCUGCCCGAAGCUCUGGAGCUCGGCGGCGCCGGCGCCGGUGCAGCCGGGGAGCGUGGUCAUCAAUGGCACGGUGGUCGUCGCCAACCACUUCGGCCUCUCGGCUCCCGGCAAGUCCACCACCCUCCGCCUCUUCAGCGGCACGGAGGUCGAUCACGAGACGAGGAAGGGGAGGCUGAGCGCGGAGGCGGCGUUGAGGGGAGGGAAGAAGACGAGGCAUGGGAAGGCGAGCACGACGAUGUACCAGGUGACGUUCUUCGUCGACGGCGAGUUCGGGACGCCGGGCGCCGUGGCCGUCAAGAACGGGAACCGGAACGACCAGUUCUUCCUCCGGCACGUCCGGCUGGACCUCGCCGAGGACCGGAGCAUCCACUUCGACUGCAACUCCUGGGUCUACCCCUAUAAGAAGACCACCUCCGACCGCGUCUUCUUCAUCAACACGAGCUACCUGCCAGAUAAGACGCCAGAGGCGCUGCGGCUGUUACGGGAGGAGGAGCUCAGAAGCCUGAGAGGGAAUGGGCGCGGGGAGAGGAAGGACUGGGAGCGCAUCUAUGACUUCGACUACUAUAACGACCUCGGCAACCCUGACAACGAUGACCAUGUCCGCCCCGUCCUCGGUGGCACCAAGACCCACCCCUACCCUCGCCGCUGCCGCACCGGCCGCCCCCUCAGCAAGACCGACGGGGUGACGGAGACGCGGAAGCACAAGCUGAUAAACCUGGACUACUACAUCCCGCCGGACGAGCGGUUCAGCCCGGGGAAGCUGGCGGAGGUGCUGGCGAUGGGGGUGCAGGCGGUGACCCACUUCGUCAUCCCGGAGGCCCGCUCCAUCUUCCACGGCGACGUCGUCAACUUCAAGUCCACGGAGCAGCUGCGCGCCGACCUCUACGGCAAGCCGCCGCAGCCGGCGGCGGACGCCAGGGUCAUGGACGAGCUCAAGUCCUCCGUGCCGUCGCACAAGACGUACAAGCAGGUUUCCAGGAUUGUCAAGGACAACCCCGCCAAGUUCCCCACCCCUCAAGUCAUCCACUAUGACACUGAGGCGUGGAGGAGCGACGAGGAGUUCGCGAGGGAGAUGCUGGCAGGGCUCAACCCGGUGGUGAUCAAGCGGCUGGAGGUGUUUCCUCCAAACAAGAGCAAGAUAACCACGGACGAUAUCAUGACCCAGAUUGGAGGUCUGACCAUUCAACAGGCGAUGGAGCAGAAACGGAUGUACAUCCUGGACCACCACGACUACCUGAUGCCAUACCUCCGGCGGAUAAACACGGAGGGGGUGUGCGUGUACGCGUCGCGCACGCUGCUCUUCCUCAGGGACGACGGCGCCCUCCGGCCCGUCGCCAUCGAGCUCAGCUUGCCCGACGGCGGCGUCGGCGGCAGCGAGAUCAGCAGGGUGUUCCUCCCGGCGAGCCAGGGCACCGAUGCGCACCUUUGGCACCUCGCCAAGACUCAUGUCGCCGUCAACGAUUCUGGGUACCAUCAGCUCAUCAGCCACUGGCUGUUCACGCACGCGACAGUGGAGCCGUUCAUCAUCGCGACGAGGAGGCAGCUGAGCGCGAUGCACCCGAUCCACAAGCUCCUGGACCCGCACUUCAAGGACAACAUGCAGAUCAACACCUUGGCCAGGAGCAUACUGCUCAACGCCGGUGGCCUCCUGGAGAAGACCAUGUACCCGGGGAAGUACUCCAUGGAGAUGUCCUCCGAUAUCUAUGCCCAUUGGAGGUUCACCGAGCAGUCCCUGCCUAAUGAUCUCAUCAAGAGGGGGAUGGCGUCCAGGGACCCCAAGGCGCGCGGCGGCGUGUCCCUCCACAUCGAGGACUACCCGUACGCCGUCGACGGCAUCGACGUGUGGCUCGCCAUCGAGGGCUGGGUGCGCAGCUACUGCGACCACUUCUACCACGCCGACGCGGCGGUGGCCGGCGACGCCGAGCUGCAGGCGUGGUGGGACGACGUCCGCCGCGUGGGCCACGGCGACCGGCAGGGCGACGCCGCGUGCUGGCUGGACCUCGACACCGUCGCGGGCCUCGUCGAGACGCUGUCGACGCUCAUCUGGACCGCGUCGGCGCUGCACGCCGCCGUCAACUUCGGCCAGUACGGCUACGCCGGGUACCCGCCGAACCGGCCGACGCGGUGCCGGCGGUUCGUGCCGCUCCCGGGGUCGCCGGAGAUGGCGCAGCUGGAGGCCGACCCGGGCCGGUUCUUCCUGGAGACGGUGCCCGACCGGUUCACGGCGACGCUGGGGAUCGCGCUGAUCGAGGUGCUGUCCAACCACACCUCCGACGAGGUGUACCUCGGGCAGCGCGCGACGUCGACGUGGACGGACGACGGCGAGGUGCUGCUGCUGCUGGACAGGUUCCGCGACGAGCUCCGGCGGGUGGAGAAGAGGGUGGAGGAGAGGAACAAGGACCCCAGGCUCGUCAACCGGAGGGGCCCCGUGAGGGUGCCGUACACGCUGCUCUACCCGGACGCCGGCGACGUCGCCGGCAAGGAGAAGGGGAUCACCGGGAGAGGGAUACCCAACAGCGUCUCCAUCUGACACGAUUCAUCAUCCUUCUUCUCUUAUACUUCAUCUAUCCGACUCGACUCGACGCGUGUGGAAUGUAAAGUUCUCUGCUUUUCUUUUUCUUUCUUUUCGUUUGAGAGUUUUGGUGUUGGGGAUGUGAAAUUGAGAUUGAUUGGUUGGUUUGGAUUGGAGAAUUGAUGAGCAAACUGUGAUGCAGAAUUCAAUACAUGUAAUUAUUGUUCUAAUCCAAAAGCCCGGUAAAGAAAACACGGUCGAUGGAUAUAGGCCGAUCUCUCUUCAGAA